AUGGCUCUUCGAUUACUUCUAUCGAAUCGUUUAACAAUACCUCAACGAAAUUCAUGGACAAGAUUUUCUCGUUAUUAUACACCACUUGCAUUUGAAUAUCGUUCAAUAACACCUACCAAUUCAUCUAUAUAUUCUCAUCAACAUACAUACCGUACAUCAUUACUAUCAACACAUCGUCAAUAUCAUCUUUCGUUUAAAUUUGCUUCAUCAUCAAAUCCAUCAGGUUCAAAAGAUGGCAAUACUCCAUCAUCUUCAAAUGAUGGUAAAAAUCGAAAUGAUGAUGAUCAUGAUGCUGACGGAAUUCAUGAACCUACUGAUAAUACGGUUCCAGUCGUUAUUCAAGCAGGAAAUCCACUGAUGCCAGUUGAAGUACCAGAAAAUUAUCCAAUUGUUCCAUUGAUACCAGUUUCACGUCAUCCAUUAUUUCCAAAAUUUAUAAAAAUGCUUGAAAUCACAAACAAAGAUUUAAUGGAAUUGAUACGACGAAAAGUAAAAUUGAAUCAACCGUAUGCUGGCAUAUUUUUACGUAAGGAAACAUCAACAACAGAUGAAAAAUCAUCUACAAGCGAACCGAAAACACCUGAAUCAAUGAAAGAUAAACUGAUGAAAACAGUAACAGCAGAUGUAGUUAAAAAUCUUGAUGAAAUUUAUCAAAUUGGUUCAUUUGUACAAAUUCAUGAAGUACAUGAUAUGGGUGAUCGUUUACGAAUGAUUGUUAUGGCUCAUCGACGAAUUAAAAUUGUUGGUAUCGCACCAGAUGAUGUAGCCAUUGAAGAUGUAGAUCGACGACGUGCUCAACCAAAAUCAAAUGGUAAUCGUAGACGACCAAGACGAAAAGGUUCAUUAGAUAUAGAUGAUUCUGUUAUAGCAGAAGAAACAUCUACUGAGCCUUCACCACCAUCACCAACUGACAAACAAGAACCCAUUGUAGUCAAUAAAAUUUUAAUGAUCGAUACAGAAAAUGUUAUACAUGAUGAUUACGAACAAACACCCGAACUUAAGGCCAUCACUGCAGAACUUGUCAAAACUAUUCGAGAUAUUGUUGCAUUAAAUCCAUUCUACAGAGAAUCAAUUGCUGCACUUAUUCAUAGUGGUCAACGAGCUGAUCACCCUGUAUAUUUAAGUGAUUUAGGGGCAGCUCUUACAAGUGCUGAAGGUGAAGAACAACAAGCUAUUAUGGAAGAAAUGAAUAUUCCAAAUAGAUUAAUGCUUACAUUAAAUUUAUUAAAAAAAGAAUUAGAAAUGAGUCGUCUUCAACAGAAAAUUGGUAAAGAAGUUGAAGACAAAGUGAAUAAACAACAUAGAAAAUUUAUGUUAAUGGAACAAUUGCGUGUUAUUAAAAAAGAAUUAGGACUUGAAAAAGAUGAUAAAGAAGCAAUGAAUGAUAAAUUUCGUACGAGACUAAAAGAACUUACUAUACCACCACAUGUUAAAACAGUUAUUGAUGAAGAAUUAGAUCGAUUAAAUGUUCUUGAAAAACAUUCAGCUGAAUUUAAUAUUUGUACAAAUUAUCUUGAUUGGUUAACCAAUAUUCCAUGGGGUAAAAUAAGUGAAGAGAAAACUGAUCUUGAUCGUGCACAAAUUAUACUCGAUGAAGAUCAUCAUGGAAUGGAAGAUAUUAAGAAACGAAUUCUUGAAUUUAUUGCUGUAAGUCAUUUGAAAAAAUCAACACAUGGAAAAAUUCUUUGUUUCUAUGGGCCACCUGGUGUUGGAAAAACUAGUGUGGCUAAAUCAAUUGCACGUGCACUUAAUCGAGAAUAUUUUCGAUUUAGUGUAGGAGGAAUGCAUGAUACUGCAGAAAUUAAAGGUCAUCGUCGAACUUAUGUCGGUGCCAUGCCAGGAAAAAUGAUUCAAUGUUUAAAAAAAACGAAAACAGAAAAUCCACUUGUAUUAAUUGAUGAAAUCGAUAAAAUUGGUCGUGGUGGUUUUCAUGGUGAUCCAUCAGCUGCUCUACUUGAAAUGCUUGAUCCCGAACAGAAUGCAAAUUUUCUUGAUCAUUAUCUUGAUGUUCCUAUUGAUCUAUCCAAAGUACUAUUUAUAUGUACAGCUAAUGUUCUUGAUACUAUUCCUGAACCAUUGCGAGAUCGUAUGGAAGUUAUUGAAGUAUCUGGAUAUGUUGCUGAAGAAAAAUUAGCUAUUGCAAAAAAUUAUUUAAUUCCACAAGCAAGUAAACAAACAGCUAUUAAGAGCGAUAUUAUUGAAAUAACUGAUAAAGCUUUGAUGUAUCUCAUAAAAGCUUAUUGUCGUGAAAGUGGCGUUCGAAAUUUACAAAAACAUAUUGAAAAAAUAUUCCGAAAAGUUGCCUUCAAAGUUGUUAAAGAAGGUGAAAAGAAAAUGAUUAUUGAUGAAGGAAAUCUUCACGAGUUCGUUGGAAAACCAGUAUAUACAUCCGAUAGAAUGUAUGAAUUAACACCACCGGGUGUUUCUAUGGGCCUUGCAUGGACAGCUAAUGGUGGAAGUGUGCUUUUCAUCGAAUCACGUUUUACUAAUCCUAUCGAUGCGUUCGAUGUAUCGAGCAGUGAUGAAAAAGCUGAUAAAACUAGUGGAGCAUCUGGUAGUUUAAUAUUAACAGGUAAAUUAGGUGAUGUUAUGAAAGAAAGUUGUACAAUUGCGUUAACUUAUGCAAAAUCAUUUUUACAACAACUCGAUCCAAAGAAUCGAUCAUUACGUGUUGGUCAUAUACAUGUACACGUGCCAGAAGGAGCAACACCAAAAGAUGGUCCAUCAGCUGGCUGUACAAUAGUAACAGCACUUCUAUCACUUGGCUUAAAUAAACCAAUAAGACAAGAUGUUGCUAUGACUGGUGAAGUAUCAUUAACUGGUCGAGUUUUGCCAGUUGGUGGUAUAAAAGAAAAAGUCAUUGCUGCCAAACGAGCAAACGUUCAUACAGUUAUACUACCGUACGAAAAUCAAAAAGAUUAUAACGACCUUCAAGAUUUCAUUAAAGAUGGGCUCAUCGUUCAUUUUGCUAAAACAUACGCUGAUGUUUAUAAAAUUAUAUUCGAUGAUCAAUAA